AGCUUACAAAUAACGCGGAGACGAAACAGUGAAGAAACAAAAAAAAAACACAAGUCAUAUCGUUUUUUACCGACCGGAGAAAAAUAUCUUUCUUCCGCUUCUUCAUUUUCAACAAGAGUUAUCGUUGGAAUCGGUUAGCCAUGGCUAACGCGGCAUCAGGAAUGGCUGUGCAUGAUGAUUGCAAGCUCAAAUUUUUGGAACUGAAAGCCAAAAGAACAUUCCGUACGAUAGUCUACAAGAUUGAGGACAAGCAAGUGAUUGUGGAGAAACUCGGUGAGCCUGAACAGUCAUACGAUGACUUUGCAGCAAGUCUUCCAGAUAACGAAUGCCGUUAUGCCAUUUAUGACUUCGACUUUGUCACUGAGGAGAACUGCCAGAAGAGCAAGAUUUUCUUCAUCGCAUGGUCUCCUGACACUGCCAAAGUGAGAGACAAGAUGAUUUACGCGAGCUCUAAGGAUAGGUUCAAGAGAGAACUGGAUGGGAUUCAAGUGGAGCUUCAAGCAACCGAUCCAACCGAGAUGGGUCUUGAUGUUUUCAAGAGCCGCACCAACUAAAGCCUAAACCGCCCCCCCCCCCCCC